UUCCACUCCAGGCCAUGAUGUGGCAGUAUAACACAUUUGCUGUUGACGCGAGUGACUUCACUGUGAGGCGCGAAUUCGCCGCAAAAAUAAUCAAUAUCCAAGUUUGGAAAAUCUGUCCCGUAAGCCGUCAUGGAUACCAGCGCCUUCGACGCGGAUAAUUCUGUCAGCUGCCGGCUGGCCUCCAUCAUCCCCGACAUCUGUAAGACUGAAGACUGCUGCCUGGGCAUCGACGAAGCGGGCAGGGGACCGGUGCUAGGUCCAAUGGUUUAUGGAAUAUGCUUUUGUCCCAUUUCCAAAAAGGAGGAUCUUAAGAGCUUGAACGUGGCAGAUUCAAAAACUCUAUCGGAGGCAGAAAGAGAGAAUCUAUUCCAACAAUUGGACGAUUCCAAAGGUUAUGUGGGCUGGGCCCUGCGUAUUCUCUCCCCCAACACUAUCUCCACCAGUAUGUUACAGAGGACAAAAUGCAACCUGAACACCAUGUCACAUGACACAGCCAUUGGUUUAGUUCAGUUUGCACUGGACAGCGGCGUACAGCUCAAAGAGGUGUUUGUGGACACGGUCGGCCCUGCCGAGAAGUACGAGGAGAAGCUCUCCAAGCUGUUCCCGGGCAUCGACGUCACAGUCAGGCCAAAAGCCGACUCCCUCUUCCCCAUCGUCAGCGCAGCCAGUAUCUGUGCAAAGGUGGCCCGAGACCAUGUUGUGAAAAACUGGAACUUUUCCGAGGACCUGGGAGACGUGGAUCCCGAAUACGGAUCAGGAUACCCGAAUGACCCAAAGACCAAAGCGUGGCUCUUGAAGUACUUGGACCCAGUGUUUGGCUACCCCCAGUUUGUGCGCUUUAGCUGGAGCACAGCCCAAACCUUGAUUGACAGCAAGGCUGCGACUGUCCACUGGGACGAUGACGAGGAGGACGGCGAGAAGGCGGCGCAGCGGCUGGCCAACAGGUCCAUGCUGUCCUACUUCGGCGCGCCAGGUGGCGUCAACAACCAAACGCAGCAGACGCACCGCUUCUUCACGGAGCGGAGGCUGAAGAGUAUGGACGCGCUCUGAGGACUGGCAUGUCCGUACUGUGAGUUGCUUGUACGCGCACACAAGCAGCAGUGCAAGGACGAAUAUCUUUUUGUUUGAUACAUACCUGUUUCAGUCAAUGUAUUUUAUAAAAUGUAUUUUAUAAAAUGUAUGCAGAGUCUUUGUUUGGACAUGAGAGGGGUAAAGAGAUGUGGCAGGGUUGCAAAAGGUAUUAUUUUAAUCGGAAUUGUGCUCUCUAGUGGCAGUAUAGAAAACUACAAUCGUGUGGUUAAGCCUUGUUUUACGUGGCUGAAGUCCACAUUAGUUAACUGAAUUAAAGACACACAAAAAUUCCUCCUAACACUUAUGGAAGGUUAUAGUAUAUAAGGUUGGAUGGUAUUUUAUGAAAUUUGUUUGCCAACACAUGCAAAAAAAAAAAAAAAUGGAUAAGAACACAUGAUUGGUAGAAACUUGCAGUCAACAACAUUGCUUCAAUUAAAUAGGGCCUUAAAAUUUGAGUCAAAUAAUAAAAUUCGGAAACAAGUUCCUAGUUAAAGAAAUUAAAAGAAGCAUUUAAAGCCAGCUUUAGGCUGUCAUAUGUGUGACAGAAUUCACAUAGUAAAGACAUUUACAUCUUUGACAUGAGUUUUGCUCUUCUGUCCUCGCACAAGCACAAAAAUCACAUCUAUUGUGUUUGUGUAUUUACACAAAUUUAAAAGAUGAGGCAUGACGAUAUGAUGACAUACGGUUCGCUUCUUUGCAAGGUGUCAAGGCCUUGGCGCUGGUCUUGAGACGGAUGGCAAUUUUUGCAGCCAUCCCAUGCAGUCGCAGUUCUGAAGUGACAGCUCUGCCUCUCCUUGUGUCCACACCCGCCAAUGAAGACAGCAUCAGUAUGAUAACAGAUCACGUCAGCGACUAAAAAGAUGCAGCGUCCACCUGCAGGCUGUGGUCAGUUGUCAUUGGGUUUGUGCCGAGACUCCUGGAUCUUUUUCCCACAGUUCAUAGCCAGAGUGGACACGGCGAAGGAGGACAGGAUGAUAAUGGAGCUCCCCACAAAAUGAGACGAAGCCCCUCUGGUGGUCGCUCUCAAGGCUUUCUUGGAGAAUGUCUCCCGGUCGAAGGCUGCGGUGGCGGUCGGGGCAGUGGCUUCCAUAGCUGCUUCACGUUCACAAGCUGUCCUGAUGUGUGAUGCGAGGCAGGAGGACAACACCUUGCUGACUUGAAUGUGUCCAGUCCCGUCUGAUUCAUUCCCCUGAUCCCUUCCUCUACGUCCAUUUAUAACCUCCCCUGCUUUGAGUCUCAUCCCUCUUAAGAGGUCAGUUCUUCUCCUGCGUCAAUGGGAUUAAAAAUAGUUAGCAUAUCCGCUGAGGCCUAAGGUGGCGAAUGCUUGCUGAGCCAAAGUUUCAUGUAAUGACAGCAGUUCCAACUUUCGUGCACUUUUAGAGGUAUAUUUUUUCAAGGAAAUGUUAGUUUGGGGGCAUUUAAAUUUGGAGAAGUUAUAGUUGUCCGAACACAUGGACAGAUUGCUCAUUCUGUAGCCAAAUAAAACAUCUAAAAUAUAAUCAAGGAGCUUGCUUUCUCCAAAUAUUCAAGCAGGAAGACCAACAAGGGCCAAGUGUACACAAGGUGAAGUCAACAGGUUUGAGCCGCAAGCUGCUAGCUUGUUUGCGUUGGCAUUGGUCAGCAUUAGGGAAUGAUUCACUUUGGAAUAUUGUUAGCGUUUGUCAACAUGGAAUGUUUGUUCAUCCCAGGGAAGAGGUUGUUGGUACCCUUCUGUUAAAGAACGAAAAACCCACAAUGCUUACUAAAGUAACUUGGAACUAAUGAGAGUGGAAUUUGACCAAAUGCAUAUUGACACGCCACAAGGCUUCUUGGAGAAUGUCCUUUGAACAGAUGAGACAAAAAUGGAGCUUUUGCCAAGUCGCAUCAGCUGUAUGUUUACAGACGCGAAAAUGAAACGACAAAGAAUAAAACGCUGUACUUGCUGUGCAAUAUUAUGAUAUGAUAUAUUAUGUUCUGACCUGGGGAUGCUUCACAGCAUCCAGCACUGCGCGUCUUGACUCUCCAGUGUACGACGAAAUCUCAAAAGUCCAUCAAGACAUUCUGGAGAGAAUUGUGCUGCAUGCUGUCAGAAAUCCCGGUCUCUGCUAUUGGUAAUCUGUCCUCCCAACAGCAUCAAGACCCAAAACAAAGCUGAAGACCACCCACGAGUGGCUUACAACAAAACAUUGGACUAUUCUGAAGUGGCCGUCUUUAAACAUUGUUCUAAAUCUCAUUGAACAUCUGUGGAAGGAGUUGAAACAUGCAGUCGAGAGAAGAAGCCCUUAAAACCUGAAACCGCUGGAUCAGUUUUCUCACAAAUAGUGGGCCAACAUAGCUGUUGAUAGGUCCUCAAAUAUUAUUGAGAGACCUGUUUGAGUGGCUGGAAAAGUUGCGUGAUAACCAUCGUACAGUAUUUGUCGAGGAAACUGGUCAUUGUUCAUGAAAUGUUCAUUUAGCAAUACAUCAUCUAUUUUUGUUCUUUAAGAUGCUGAGGUCACCGUUCAUUUAAUUAAAUUUUUGUUCCGUUUAAAAAGCCAUGUUAUUUAUUUGCAUAAAAUGUCUGCACUGUUCAGAAUGCCCUUUCAGUCAGUAUUGUGCAAAUAAAAAUAUUGUGGAAAGUCA